AGCUGAUGGAGUCGGGGAGCGCAGAACAACUCAUAACAGUUCACAUAAAGACUCCGAAGAACAAGGAGACUGUGCAAACAGCGCACAAUGCUACUGUAAAGCAAUUUAAGGAGCUGGUCAGCCAGAAGUUCAACGCUCAGCCCGACAAGAUAUGCCUGAUUUUUAGUGGGAAGAUUCUGAAAGAUGACGAAACUCUUGAUAAACUCGAUAUCAAGGACGGUCUGACGGUGCAUUUAGUUAUUAAGAACAACAAAGACCCACAACCGAAACAAGAGCCUCCCGCACCCUCCAGUACCCCAACUACAACCUCCGUGUCUGCCCCAGCACCAGCCCCACCUCCUGGACUAGGACCUGGUCUGGGACUGGGAGGACUUGCUGGAUUGUCUCAAAUGUCCGCUCAGAAUCCUCAACUAUUGGAACAAGCUCAGCAACAUCUAUUACAGAAUCCUGAGCUUAUGUCACAGUUGAUGAACAGUCCCGCUGUUCAGGGGCUCAUGAGUAAUCCUGAUAUCUUCAGAGAGUUCUUCCUCAACAACUCCCAGAUGCAAGGUGUGUUAGAAAGAAAUCCUGAGAUCGGCCACGUCCUCAAUAACCCGCAACUGAUGCGUCAGGCUAUGGAGAUUGCACGUAACCCUGCGCUGAUGCAGGAGAUGAUGCGCAAUCAGGACGUGGCUCUUAGGAACAUCGAGUCUUUACCAGGAGGUUACAGUGCUCUGCGUAGACUGUACAGUGAAGUUCAAGAGCCCAUGAUAAGUGCUGCACAGGAAACUUUUCAGCCAGGACAAGGUGGUACACAGGAAGCCAACCCCUUUGCUGGGCUCUUCCCCCCUACCUCUCAGUCCCAACCCGCACCGCGCGUCCCAAGUGUACCGGCUGGUACGGAGAACACUAACCCGCUACCUAACCCCUGGGCUCCACCAACUUCGGGUGCACCGCCUACCUCAACUAGCACCAACACUGCUCCUGGACCAACUCCACCGGGAGGCCCAUCUCUACAAGGACUGUUCCAGAGUCCCGGGCUACAAAACCUGAUGAGACAAAUGCAGGAGAACCCCCAGCUGCUGCAGAACGCAAUGCAGAUGCCCCAGAUGCAGGAAAUGAUGCACCAGUUCUCCAGUAACCCUGAGCUGAUGAACCUGCUGGUGUCCAGCAACCCUCUCCUGGCUGCUGACCCCAACCUGGCUAACCAGGUCCGGAGUCAGCUCCCAACUAUCAUGUCUCAGAUGCAGAACCCGGAGUUUCAGCAGGCCAUGACCAACCCUGAGGUACUGUCUGCUAUGAUGCAGAUCCAACAAGGAAUGCAGAGACUGACCAACGCAGCUCCUGGACUGCUACCUGGAAUGGGUAUUAACCCUAUGGGGAGCACUGCAAGGCCUCCCCCUGCUCCUGGAGCCAUGCCAAACAACGCUUAUAAUAUGCAAAACCUCAUGUCCCAGAUGGUAAGUUCGCUGAACAGUGGAGGAGGAGGAGGUCAGCAGCCGGUGGGUGGUGUGAGAGCUGCUCCUCCUAACCCUGAGGUGGCGUACCAAGCUCAGCUGCAGCAACUCACUCAGAUGGGCUUUGUUGAUGCACAUGCCAACCUUCAAGCUCUUAUUUCAACAAAUGGUGAUUUGAACUCUGCAAUAGAGCGUCUCCUCCAACAGAGGGAUCAGAUGACAUGAUAUGAUCCUAGUUUCAUUCUGGUUUCAAAUAAAUCCUAUCUCAUUGUCUCUGAGUCUGUUGUGUCCUGGUUUGUGAUUGUUGCUGCGUUUUUGAUUGGAAUGUCUUUAAGGGUAUAUAUUAUGAUAUAAACUCUAAUAAAUAUUUAUCAAAAUUGAAAUGUAAAAUUUUUUCGUAAAUUUUUAGUAACCAGUUCAACUUUUACUAGACUGGAUUCUGGAUAUUGUGAUUCGACGAUUAAUUUGACAGAUUAAUCAUGAUACUUGAAUACUUUAUUGACAGAUGAUCAGGCUAACAUAUGGCAUUUUUCAAAACGUUUGAGACGUCAUUCUUUGAGAUCCUCGCUUUCUGGUUAUGAUACUGUUUUAAAAUGACAUUCAUUAGACUUUGAGGGUGUAACUAUCUUUUUGAUAUUGCAGAUAAUAUCACUUUUAAAAAGGGCUAUGCUUUUAGUUUACUUAAUAGACAUUUACGGUACUGUUGAAGUGUGUUUUUGAUUGAUCUGGUAGAGGAUGAAAUCUUAGCAGUACUUUUACGAAGAAAUGUUUAAAGAAAAGUUCGUUUGAGGCUUUCGAGUUUAGUUGAUGAAAUAAUUUGUAUUAGUAAUGUUGCGAUUGAGAACUUGAGUUCCAAUUUAGUUAACAAAAUAUGAAUAAUAUAUAGAUUUUUCACAGAUCGUCAAAGUUAAAUUCAGACAUGAUGUUGUGAUCCGUCAUCUUAUUCCACAAAAUAUUUAAAUGUUAUUGAUUCUGGAAUACUCUAAACUUUAAA